AUGUCAAAACAUACUACCAAUUCAACAACUAAUGAUAAAGACGAAUGUGGAAAUUUUGAUGUAUUCGAUGGAUUUAUAGACAAACUAAUUGACGGUAAAUUCGAUGAGGAUAAAGAUGAUGACAUUCAAAUCGUUGAUGUAUCGGCUCAAUCAGUUAUGAAUACAGAGAAAAAUCAAAAAACAAUCAAGCAUCAUUCAACUAUAAAAUCAAAUGAGAAAGAAUCUAAUAGUGGUAUGCAAGAACAAACACCAGUUCUUUCUUGUUCAACAAAAUUAACUCUUAUGAAAUUACUUCGAAUAGAUUUCAAUGAAAUUCCUUUCUAUCUAUUCAAGACAAAUCAAUCAUUUGAUAAAAAAAUUCGUUCUAUAUUACCAACAACCGAUAAACUAGAACAACUACGAUCUAUUGCUAUAUUAAUGUAUAAAAUAAUAUGUAUUAAUAUGAUACGUUCUCUCUGGAUAGUUUAUCAAAAAUCAGGUAUGGGUGAACUACAAACAAACUUACUAUCAAUAAAUCAAUUAAAUAGAAAAGUUUGGCCGAAAGAAAUUCUAUUAUUAUUAAAUGAAAAUCAAAUUGUUAAUAUAAAUCAUGAUAAUGCUUGUUCAACCUUAGUAAAUCAUUGUCUAUGUCAAUUGAAUGAUAAAAGUGAAGAAUAUCGACGUGAAUUACGUUUGAAUACAACACGAUUAUCGGAUUAUACACCUAAUAUGGAAUAUAUUAUUGAAAAGUUUGUAGAACAGGGACUUAUUGGUUUACGUAUAGAGAUCGAUUGUCAAAUUGCUCUAGUUAAACAUGAUUAUAUAGAUGAAAUACUCAAACAACAAUAUUUAGCACAAAAUCCAACUGCUAUACAAAUCGAAUCUGUAGAACAUCUUUGUAAACUCAAAUCUAAUCAUGAAACAUUAAGAUAUGAAUUAAAUUUAUUAAAAGAUAAAAUUCCAACAUAUCUAUCAACCCAUCCAUUUGAUAGUCAGUCAUUAAUAGAAUCACCAUUAAUUAAUAGUACUCGAAAUCCAAGUCUUCGACAACAAUUAUAUAUACUAUACAAAAAUCUUAUGGAACAAAUAAAAAAUAAAAUGUUAAAUGUUUAUCUAGAAUCUAUCGAACAACAAGCAUCUGAUUAUCAAAUGAAGCUCAAUAAAGAAAUAGAUAAAAUUUGGGAAAUAAAUAAGACUCUUUCACAAAAUCAACAAUUAACUUCCAUUAUGCCAACUCUUAUUGAUCAGCGUUUGUCAAAUAUUACUUCACGUAUGAUAUGUAUCCAUAAAUAUAAAACAAAAUUAUUUGAUAUUAAAGCAAAUAAUCACUAG